GAAAGAUAAGACCUGGCGAUGUUGUCGGCGAAUUUUCCUUCCUCAAGCUUUAGCUUCGACCUCUCUCGCCGCUCUCAAACCCACAAGGAAACCACAACCGUCACCAGACUCCGAAAAGACAAAACUUUCAUUAAAUCAUCGUUGAAAACCCUCUCUACCGAACACAAAGAUCAUCAAACAGACACCAACACUCGACUCCGUAGACUAUGCGAAUCACGCGACCUACCCAACUCCAUCAAACUCCUCCACCUAUCCCCAAAACACGACAUCGACCCGAGAACCCUCUGCUCUCUUCUCCAACUCUGCGCAGACACAAAAUCACUCAAACACGGCCAAAAAGUCGAUUCCUUUAUCCGUCGCAACGAUCUCCUCAUCGAUUCAAACAUGGGUUCGAAACUCGCGCUAAUGUACACAAACUGCGGAGAUUUGAGAGAAGCGAGACGAGUGUUCGAUCAGGUGAAGAUCGAGAAGGCUCUGUUCUGGAACAUAUUGAUGAACGAGUUUGCUAAAGCUGGUGACUUUAUCGAGAGUGUUGAGUUGUUUAAGAAGAUGAUGGGCUCUGGUGUUGUGAUGGAUAGUUAUAGUUUUUCGUGCGUUUCCAAGAGCUUGAGGAGUGUUGACGGAGGAGAGCAGCUUCAUGGGUAUGUGUUGAAACUAGGGUUUGGGGAGUGUAACUCAGUGGGGAACUCUCUGUUGGCGUUUUAUUUGAGGAAUGGGAGAGUUGAGAGUGCGCGGAAGGUGUUCGAUGAAAUGACUGAGAGAGAUGUUAUUUCGUGGAAUUCUAUGAUUAAUGGGUAUGUGUCUAACGGGUUGAUAGAAGAAGGGUUAUAUAUGUUUGUGGAGAUGUUGUGUUCGGGGAUUGAGUUUGAUUUAGCUACUUUAGUUAGUGUUUUCGCGGGGUGUGCUGAUUCUUGUUUAGUCUCUUUAGGUAGAGCUGUCCAUGGUGUUGGGGUGAAAGCUUGUAUGAGUAGAGAAGAUAGGUUUUGUAAUACGUUGCUUGAUAUGUAUUCGAAAUGCGGUGAUCUAGACUCUGCUAAGGCUGUGUUUAGGGAGAUGAGUGAUAAAAGUGUUGUGUCGUAUACUUCUAUGAUUGCUGGUUACGCUAGGGAAGGUUUGGCUGGUGAAGCUGUGAAGUUGUUUGCAGAGAUGGAGGAAGAAGAAGGGAUUAGUCCUGAUGUGUAUACCGUCACUGCGGUUUUAAGCUCUUGUGCUCGUAAUCGGUUGUUAGAGGAAGGUAAGCGAGUCCAUGAGUGGAUAAAGGAGAACGAUAUGGGGUUUGAUAUCUUUCUAUCGAAUGCUUUGAUGGAUAUGUAUGCUAAAUGUGGAAGCAUGCAAGAGGCGGAGUUAGUUUUCUCUGAGAUGCCUGUGAGAGAUAUCAUCUCGUGGAACACUAUUAUUGGUGGCUACUCAAAGAACUGUUACGCAAAUGAAGCUCUAAGCCUGUUUAAUCAGCUCUUGGAAGAGAAACGGUUUGUACCUGAUGAGAGAACUGUUGUGUGUGUACUUCCUGCUUGUGCAAGUCUCUCUGCUUUUGAUAAAGGGAGAGAGAUCCACGGUUACAUCAUGAGAAACGGCUACUUCAGAGAUAGGCAUGUUGCUAAUUCCCUUGUGGACAUGUACGCUAAAUGUGGAGCGUUGUUACUUGCACGUUUGCUCUUUGACGAGAUUGCUUCCAAGGAUCUUGUUUCUUGGACAGUGAUGAUAGCAGGAUAUGGGAUGCACGGGUUUGGGAAAGAAGCGAUCGCUCUUUUCAAUCAAAAGAGACAAGCAGGUAUAGAGCCUGACGAGAUCUCAUUCGUCUCUGUGCUGUACGCUUGUAGCCAUUCAGGACUAGUGGAUGAAGGGUGGAGAUUCUUUAACAUCAUGAAACAUGAUUGCAAGAUCGAGCCAACGUUAGAACAUUACGCUUGUAUUGUCGACAUGCUUGCAAGAACAGGGGACUUGUUAAAAGCUUACCGGUUCAUCGAGAACAUGCCGAUUCCUCCAGAUGCUACGAUAUGGGGAGCGUUGCUGUGUGGAUGCAGGAUACAUCAUGAUGUUAAGCUAGCUGAGAAAGUUGCAGAGAGAGUCUUUGAGCUUGAACCAGAGAACACAGGAUACUAUGUGUUAAUGGCGAACAUUUACGCUGAAGCUGAGAAGUGGGAAGAAGUGAAGAGGUUAAGAAAGAGGAUAAGCCAACGCGGAUUGAGGAAGAAUCCAGGAUGCAGCUGGAUAGAGAUAAAGGGCAGAGUUAACAUCUUUGUAGCUGGAGAUAGCUCACAUCCAGAGACAGAAAACAUUGAAGCUCUUUUGAGAAGAGUAAGAGCUAGAAUGAGAGAAGAAGGGCACUCACCGCUGACUAAGUACGCGCUGAUAGAUGCGGAAGAGAUGGAGAAGGAAGAAGCUUUGUGUGGUCAUAGUGAGAAACUAGCAAUGGCGUUGGGGAUACUCACCUCAGGACAUGGAAAGAUCAUAAGAGUUACCAAGAAUCUAAGAGUGUGUGGAGAUUGUCAUGAAAUGGCCAAGUUCAUGUCUAAGUUAACCGGAAGAGAGAUUGUCUUAAGAGAUUCAAACCGGUUUCAUCAUUUUAAAGAUGGACAUUGUUCUUGCAGAGGCUUCUGGUGAAAACUGAACUAGCUUCAUGUAAUAAUAAUAAAUGGUACUUACCGAGACGGUUUAUUGUUGGACCGUUGUUGAUUUAAUCAUUGAAACUGAAGUAAUAGAACAUGAACAGGCUGGAGCCAUACUUCAUGAUAGUAUCAUUGCUUCAAAGGGAAACAUAACCUCG